UUCCUUUAAUUUUAAUCUUCCGCAAUUGGGUUUCUUCCGAUGGCUGGAUCGUCUCUGAAAUCCUCGAGCUUUCCAGCGGUGGAUGAGCAGAAGACUCCACUUCUUCCUCUCCAUCAAUCUCCACCGAGCUUUCACCACCGUUUCCGUUCGGUUCUCACGUUGAAGAGCCUCAGCAUAGUCUCCGGCCCUGUAUCAUGCAUGCUAAUCUUCUUCUUCGUUGAUGUCGGUGGCCGGCCGUUGUGCCGGAACAUGCUCGCGGUGCUCUCGUGGGUGUUCCUGUGGUGGAUGACAGAGGCCGUCCCGAUGGCCGUCACCUCCAUGGCACCGCUCUUCCUCUUCCCCAUCUUCGGAAUUUCUUCUGCCGACGAGGUGGCGAAGUUUUACAUGGACGACAUCAUCGCCCUCGUGCUCGGAAGCUUCAUAAUUGUUCUGGCCGUCGAGCAUUACAACAUCCACCGUCGACUUGCUCUAAAUGUUACUUCGUUGUUCUGUGGCGAUCCUCUCAACACGAAGCUGCUUCUACUGGGCAUCUGCGGCACCACUGUCUUCAUGAGCAUGUGGAUGCACAACACCGCCGCGGCCUUGAUGAUGAUGCCGGUGGCCACUGGAGUACUGCAGCGGUUACCCGACGGUGACGAAGCGUGCCCGGAGGUGAAGCAGUUCAGCAAAGCGGUGGUACUCGGGGUCGUCUACUCUGCUACCAUCGGAGGAAUGGCAACCUUGACCGGCACGGGAGUAAACCUCAUCUUGGCCGGAAUGUGGGAGAGCUACUUCCCUGAGGCAGAGCAGAUCAGCUUCAGCACAUGGCUCUUCUUCGGAUUCCCACUGGCUCUGUUUAUGUUCUUCGUCUUGUUGAGCAUCCUCUGUUUCCUCUACUGCUCCAAGAAUUCAGACAAGGAACUGUCGGCUUACCUGGACAGGAAUCAUCUGAGGAGGGAGCUUGAAUUGUUAGGUCCUAUGGCUUUUGCUGAGAGGAUGAUUCUGCUAAUAUUCGGCUUGCUCGUUGUGUUAUGGAUGACAAGGAGAAUAACCAAUGAUGUUCCAGGAUGGGGUUCCCUCUUCCAUGGCCAUGUUGGCGAUGGCACUGUCAGCGUGCUGAUGGCAACCUUCUUGUUCAUAAUUCCGAGCAAAAAGAACGAGGGAGAAAUGCUGAUGGACUGGAGCAAGUGCAAGAAGCUUCCAUGGAACAUCAUCCUCCUCCUCGGCGCCGGGUUCGCGAUCGCCAGCGGCGUGAGGACCAGCGGCCUUACCGACGUCCUCUCAGCCGGCCUUGACUUCCUGAAAGGCGCUCCCUACUUGGCCAUCACGCCGGUGGCGUGCCUGAUCAGCGCCGCCAUCACGGAGUUCACGUCCAACAACGCCACCACCACGCUGGUGCUCCCGCUACUGGUGGAGCUGGCUAAGACCAUGAGGGUGCACCCUCUGCUGCUGAUGGUGCCGGGGGCCAUCGGGGCUCAGUUCUCGUUUCUGCUGCCGACAAGCACACCGCCGAACGUGGUGGGGUUCGCGACGGGGCGCAUCAGGAUCGAGGACAUGAUCAAGGCGGGCGCGGCGUUGAAGAUUGCCGGCGUUGUGGCUUUGUCGUUGCUGAUGCCGACGCUAGGAGCAUUUGUUUUCAAGACAAACAAGCAACCAUAAUCAAUCGAUGUCUCAGCGAAGAACAGAGAUUUUCCUGCAAUUGCUUUUCUUUGUUGGGAAGUUGGAAUUCCGUGUCUAAUAUCAGUAAUCAGUUCAUGUUUUUAAGGC